CCCUCAAUUCGCCGCAGUCCGCCCUACCUUACCUGUGUACUCCGUAGUGCUACGUCUCUGCUUUGCUCCAAUUGCCCAAUUGCUCAUAACCCCGCGAUAGAUAGUCUCUCAUCCUUUUCCUUUUCCCAAAUGUCCUCACUCCUCAGAUCCGUCACAAGACUAUCAUCCCGCGCCGCCGUUCGCUCAACACCACGUCUCGUAAACAAAUUCCAUAUCCAGCCCUUUAGCGUCAACACAGCAAAGAUGUCUGAGCAAUCCAUCGUCUUCACCAAGAACGCCCCGGCCGCUCUUGGCCCCUACUCCCAGGCCAUCAAGACCCCCACCGCCAUCUACUGCUCCGGCCAGAUCCCCCUCACCCCCGAGGGCACCUUCGUCGAGGGCUCCAUCGCCGACAAGACCAAGCAGUGCAUCUCCAACCUCAAGGCCGUCCUCGUCGAGGCCGGCUCCUCCAUCGAGAAGGUCGUCAAGGUCAACAUCUUCCUCGCUGACAUGGGCGAGUUUGCCGAGAUGAACGGCGAGUACGAGAAGUGGUUCACCCACAAGCCCGCUCGCAGCUGCGUCGCCGUCAAGACUCUGCCCAAGAACGUUGACGUUGAGAUUGAGUGCAUUGCCCUCCCCUAAAAGCUAGGUGUAUCUCCUGCUAGAGAGCUCGACCCGUGAAGGAAGUGAGCAGUCACUAUAGAUCUCGACAAAUUAAAAAACAAGUGAAACGUACAUCUUAGACGUUUUCACAUUCAAGUGACCGUCCAAUGUAACCAAUGGAGUUGAUAAGAGGACUAGACUUGUAGAUUUGCUAAUGUGAUUGUUUGAAAUAUGGUUCUGUAGGUAAUU